AUAUGGUAAUAUUAUUAAAAUAAUUUCUUGAAAUGAUGCAUAUUUUUAGUUUUCAGUUCCACACUCAUUCUCCACUUUAAAGUUCCAAGAAAAACAAGUUAGAAUCGAUAGAAUAAGAUAUAGGGUUAUAUAAUUAUAUCUACGUAUGGACGUUAGUAUAACUAAAAUAUUUGUUUUUAAGUUAUAUAAAUGGGUCUGCUUUUUGCAUGCAUCACAGCACAACCAGUUUUAAAUUCUUCACUCAUAAAUAUACUAUAUGUAUGUAUAUAAGCAUAUUUGGUAGAAAUUAAGAAGAUAACUUUGCAGUCUAUAAUUUUUUCCAAGGUAAACGAGUUCUACGUAUGUAAAUAUGUAUGUACGCGUACGGUCAAUCUACGUUCUGAGACUACACGACUUAGCGUAAACAAACCAUUCGUGAAGUUAUAGCGAAGCUUUGCAGUUAUCUAGACGGCAGAUCUACUAUUUAUAACUAAAAUUUUGUAUACAGAGCAAGACUAUUGAAAAUGGCUACAAGUGCAGCGCCACCAUUAGCAACAUUUAAUGCGCCAAAUCCUAGUGCAGUCAUGAAUGAGAAGUUCACAAAAAACUAUUUAACGCUUGAUAAUCCUGUCUUCUGCUGCUUUCUUUUUUGGGCCAGUGUGCUGGUUAUCAAAAUGUUGCUGAUGUCAUUGCUAACAGCGCUGCAACGAUUCCGCAAUAAGAUUCUGGGUUUAUUUCCUCAAAGCUGUCUGAGGAAGGUAUUCCCUAAUCAAGAAGACUUAUUUUUCAAGGAUAUUGAAGUACAAUAUAAUGAUCCACACGUGGAGCGUGUGCGUCGCGCACAUCGCAAUGACAUGGAGAAUAUUCUACCCUACUUCACGAUGGCAUUGCUAUAUAUUUGCACAAAUCCUAAUCCCACAGUUGCCUGCAUACUCUUCCGUGUUGCGGCCAUUGCGCGCAUAUUGCACACAUUAGUAUAUGCGUUCUAUCCUGUACCUCAACCGUCGCGCAUUAUUGCCUUUGGAGUGGCAUUUGUGAUCACAAUAUAUAUGGCCUGUGCUGUGGCAUUGGAUGUAUUGGCAUAUAUCUAAUAUAUGAUGUGUUUACUUUUGAUUUAGUUUGACAGAGAUUUUACAAAAUAAAAACUAUGUUGCUCUCUUUA